CUGUGCUGGCUCCCUCAGCUGUUCUCAGUUGCUCUGUGUGCAGUGUGUAGUGUGGACAGGGCUAGGCUGAGCUGGGCUAUGUUGAGGACAUAGAGUGUCUCAGUGAAGUCUGUUUCCCAAGCUAACUGGAUUAGGAGCUGGAACAUACUGGACCUGUUUGUCUUUACUAACUAAAGACAGAGUUUUAAUUGAGGGCAUGCUGGAAGAGAGAAAAUAGAGAAACAAAUAGAGUCAACACUAGAGAAUUGCUGGAGCAGAGACCCACGUAAAGACUGAUCUCUAGCCCAGCUCCCCUCACUCUCCCCAGGAUCGGUAUGGUGGGACUCCCCUUGCCUCUGACCUCCAACACUGAGGUGAUUUGAGUCUGCUGUGUGGGUCCGGUUCAGCUCUGUUCAGUUCCACUUAGUUCGGUUUGGCUCGGUUCCGUUUGGCUUGCUUAGAUUGGCUGUCUAUAACACUGACCCAUACCCCUGCUCCAUUUUCAGGUUCUCUGUCUCUGGAACCCCUGACCCAUAACCCCUGAACGUAGGACAGGUUCUGGUCCAGUUUUGCAAAAUUACUGGACUGAACAGACUUCUGUUUGACAGUAUUUCAAUAGUUUUUUAUUUUCUGGAAAUUCUACCCCUGAUCUGGGACUGAUCCUGGUUCUGCUGACAUCUAUUCUGUGUUCCAGAGGACUGGUUCUUCAGGGACCUGUCUGGCCUCUCUCUCCCCAGGAUCAUGGCCUCUUUCUGGGGCAUGGUGGUGUUGCUGUGUGGGAUGGUGGUUAUUUCUGGAGCACAGAAGACGAAGAGCAAUAUGCCCCGGCUAAAACUCUCUUAUAAAGAGAUGUUGGAGUCCAAUAACUUGGUGACAUUUGAGGGCCUGGCCAAUAGCUCAGCUUACCACACGUUCCUAUUGGAUGAGGAGAAGGGUCGUCUGGUGGUGGGAGCCAAGGACCACAUAUUCUCCUUCAACCUGCUCAACAUCAGCAGAGACCUGGCACAGAUCCCGUGGCCUGCAUCCACCUCCAGAAGAGAUGAGUGUAAAUGGGCAGGGAAGGACCUCAUGAGGGAAUGCGCUAACUUCAUCAAGGUGUUGCAGCCGUUUAACCAGACCCAUCUGUAUGUAUGUGGAACCGGAGCCUUCCACCCUGUCUGCGCCUACUUGGAGGUGGGGAAGAAACUAGAGGACAGUGUGUUCAGGCUGGAGCCCCUGAUAGAGAACGGUCGAGGGAAGAGCCCUUAUGACCCCAAGCUGCUCACAGCGUCCAUGCUCAUCGAUGGCGAGCUGUAUUCUGGGACGUCAGCGGACUUCAUGGGGCGGGAUUUUGCCAUCUUCCGUACGUUGGGACAGCAUCACCCCAUCAGAACUGAGCAACACGACUCCCGCUGGCUGAAUGAUCCCAGGUUUGUGAGUGUCCAUCUGAUCCCAGAGAGUGACAACCCCGAGGAUGACAAGAUCUACCUGUUCUUCAGAGAGAACGCUAUGGAUGGGGAACACGCAGGGAAGGCUACACACGCACGAAUCGGACAGCUCUGCAAGAAUGACUUUGGAGGCCACAGGAGUUUGGUGAAUAAGUGGACUACUUUCCUGAAGGCCAGACUGGUGUGUUCUGUACCUGGACUCAAUGGCAUAGACACACACUUUGACGAACUACAGGAUGUGUUUCUGAUGAGCGCUAAGGAUCCUAAGAACCCCACCAUCUAUGCAGUGUUCACUACAUCCAGUAACAUCUUCAAGGGCUCAGCAGUGUGUUUGUACAGCAUGGCAGACAUCAGAAGGGUGUUUCUAGGUCCCUAUGCCCACAGGGACGGCCCUAACUAUCAGUGGGUUCCCUUCCCUGGACGGGUACCAUACCCACGACCUGGCACGUGCCCCAGCAAGACAUUCGGAGGAUUUGAUUCAACAAAGGACUUGCCUGAUGAUGUCAUAACAUUUGCGAGAGGACACCCAGCGAUGUUUAACCCCAUCUAUCCCAUCAACAACCGACCAAUCAUAGUCAAGACCGACACGGACUACCAGUUCACACAGAUAGUGGUGGACAAAGUGGAGGCUGAGGACGGACAGUAUGACGUCAUGUUCAUAGGCACAGAUAUGGGUAAAGUGCUGAAAGUGGUGUCAAUCCCCAGAGGGUCCUGGCAUGACCUGGAAGAGGUUCUACUGGAGGAGAUGACUGUGUUCAGGGAGCCAACUGCUAUUACAGCAAUGGAACUCUCCACGAAGCAGCAACAGUUGUACCUAGGCUCAGAGCUGGGCAUAUCCCAGAUGCCUUUGCAUCGCUGUGAGGUGUACGGGAAGGCGUGUGCUGAGUGCUGUCUAGCUAGAGACCCUUACUGUGCCUGGGAUGGGACCGAGUGCUCACGAUACUUUCCCAUGGCCAAGAGGAGGACAAGGAGACAGGACAUCAGGAAUGGAGACCCUUUAACCCAGUGUUCAGACCUGCAGCCUCAUGAUAACCUGAAUGGGCAGCCCACGGUGCUGGAUAAGACAGUGUAUGCUGUGGAGAACAGCAGUACGUUCCUGGAGUGUAGCCCCAAGUCCCAGAGAGCACUCACCUACUGGCAGUACAAACAAGUCAACGACGACAGGAGACAAGACAUCAAAGCAGAGGAUCGUUUUGUCCGUACGGAGCAGGGCCUACUGAUCCGCACAUUGAACAAAAAGGAUUCUGGGACGUAUGUGUGCCAGGCUGUAGAACACGGCUUCAUGCAGACGCUCCUAAAGGUCACCCUGGAAGUCAUCGACACCGAACGCCUUGACGAUCUCAUUCACCGUGAUGACGAAACCACCACACACACCGCUGCCACACACACCACCCCUGGGACACGCCCCCAGCGGGAAUCGCCCAAUCAGAAGCUAUGGUACCGUGACUUCCUGUCGUUAGUGAACCACCCGACCCUGAACAGCGUGGAUGAGUUCUGUGAGCAGGUGUGGAAGAGGGAAAAGAAGCAGAGGAGGCAGAAAGCACACCUAUCCCAACAGGUCCAGCUACACCAGCAGCAGCAGGGCCUCGUGCACGCUCACACCCACGUGAACGCCCAUGGGCUUGCGGCCAAGUGGAAACACCUGCAGGAGAGGCAGAAGGGUCGCAACCGUCGGACCCACGAACUGGAGAGAGCCCCCCGCAGCGUCUGACCUCGCACCGUCUAAAUCCCCUGACCCCCCCUGACCCCCAACCCCUAAUCCAUGUACACUGUCCUCAUCCUCAGAUCCCCCCUGAACCUCCUCCCCUGCCUCAUCUCUCCUUACAGAGAUAAAGACUCGUUCCACACUGACUUUGUACAGAGAAUCUCAACUGGAAAAAAGGCAAUAUCUAGCCCUGGUCUGUGCGGGUAGGCUGCGUGGCCACCCAUGUUUACAGUGACACGGCACAGAGACAAAGGAUGUUACAGGACACAAGAUGAUACAGUACUAUUCUAUAGUCUCAGCUGGCCUCUGUAGCCCCAGCACCAUGGAGGGACAGUGUUAGCCAACAUGUGGACUGGACU